GAGUUUUCCACUGACAAUGGCUGAAGAAGAUGUUGUCAAGCGAGGCUACUUGACCGAGCCAGGCAUUAGAAGUAUACUGAGCGGCAAGAAGUGGUUUGUGCUGCGGAAGGAUUCUCGUUAUGGUCGCAUGCGACUGGACUAUUACCGAAACGAGGGCUCAGCUCGUAGUGGAGAGCUUCCGCAGGGGUUCAUUCCAUUGAAUGAUGUCCUGAGUGUCGAACUACGUGUGGGAAGCAACGGAACGUUCCAGAUAUUGGCCACGCAGGGAAGCGCUCGUGCAUUCUCUUGUUCUUCGCUCACAGAAGCGGAAGAGUGGGUGUCCUCACUCCAGGCGUUGAUAUUUGGAAACGACGCUGCACUGGAUGCGAUUCGUCCGUCAGGCAAUUUCAUCAGCAGAGGCAACAGAUGUCGUUUUAGAGUAACGGCGCAGGGGACUAGCAUUCCGCACAUUCAGGGCAUGUGCGAGAUGGAGAUCACGAACAACGAGAUACAAUUAUUUGAGUUGAACGGCGACAACAAACUGGAAGCGUGGCCGAUCAACGCGAUUCGUCGAUACGGACGAAACGAUUCGUGUUUCACAUUUGAGGCAGGAAGGCGUUGCCGGACCGGGGAAGGGUUUUUCACGUUUAUGGCAACCGGCCACGAUUCGGAGCAGCUAUAUCAGAAAGUGCAUGCAAACUCGCAGGAAAUUGCUCGUCGAUCAAGGUCGGCAACCGGUCCUUCGGCAUUGCAGGCAAGAAAUUAUGCAGAUCCGAGUGAUUUCCAACGACAGCAGCAGGAAGAGGCACGCCGCAGCUCUACCUUGCCAUCGGUGUUUCCUACGCUUGAUACACAUGCCAGAGCUACAGAAGCAGUGGCUUAUCAACCUCUGACACAAAGUACAGUGCAGCCCGAUUCGACGUAUCAGCCUCUCAAUACGACCAACAACCGGAGUCAUUCGAUCACGAGUGGACUGCCGGGCGGACGACAUCGGAAAGUGCAGAAUGCCGACCGAGCAACCAUAAAUGCAGACUUACCCGUAACUCCUGCAUACAUGACAUUUGAUGUCGAGCGUGGGCAGGGAAGACGUUUGUCGUCUCAAGGAGAAGCAGUCUGAGUGAGACCGAGAGAAUAUUGGAGUAGCUGUCUGUGUGUAUGUGUAUGUGUGUGUAGAUUUAUUGAUGCAGGGUUUAUUAGCCUGACUGUUGCAUUGCUUUGGAGUAAUGGGGCAGUGUGUGCUAAUGAUUUGUAGAUGUAUUAGGUUGUAUGACGGAGCUUUUCUAAAUGUUAAUAUUUGCAUGUUUUCAUUAUUAAGGUUGAUGUUGUGUGUAAUUUUGUUGAUGUUGGAAGUCGCAGUAAAUGUAUUGUAUUUGCAUUUGUAUUAAUUAUACUGUACGUAUUGGAUCGA